AUGCGGCUACAAGUGGGAUACCGUCGCCGAUGGCUGUUGGCGCUGGUGGUGCUACUGGUAUCGCUAGCGGACGGGAGCUUGGCCACGAUAGAUAACGCUACCGGCGCGAUACGCGAGAACUCGCUGCCAAUCCCGGGUGACGUGCUGUCAAGUGUCGCUCCAUCGAACAGUGCAGAAGUUGAUCAAUCAACUACUACCGAGGUGCCUCCGGUGAGCGCGGAUACUACGACCAACGCACGGCCUAUUACGACUCCUUCCACAACGACGGAGGAGACCACGAGCACCAAUGCGGCACAAGUGGUUAGCACAACGCGUGUGCCGACAACAACGACCUCGACAACGCCUCCAGUCCCCAGCACGACGAGUGUAAAAACAACAAGCGUCGCCUCUGUUACCACCGGGCGAAGUUCCACCGGGGACGCCGGCAACGAUGAUGACGCACUGCCCUCGAAUUGCUCGGAAUUCAACGUGUCCUCCAUCCGGCUGGUGUACAAUGAAAAGGCACACAUUCGCAAAUGUUGCCCCAAGGGGCAGAUGAUAAAGCCAAGCAGUAACGAGUGCGUCCCGGGAAACCUGGAGCUGAAGAUCGAGGCGAUCGACGCAUACUUCUACGGCAACAACGAGUGCAUUGAGAUGGGCGAGGAAGAAAUCACCCUGGAGGUCCAAGGGGACCAGGACCAGUGUAGGGAUGAGAUCGCUCUGGUGUACAGUGCUGACCAGGGCGAUUCAAUGUACGUGCUGCAGAAUGGAUCCUUGCUGGUGCUGGAAAGCGGAUCGACCGUGUCCGUGUUCGAUGCCUACUGUGUGGAGAUGACCAGCGACGCCGACAAUAUGCUGCUGGCGAAGGUGUGCCUGCCAAAGUCGGGGUGGCCCCGGUGGCUCAUCAUAGUCGGUAUCACCCUGGCAACGGUGACGCUGCUGUUCGCCGCUCUUUGCUACUCGUUCGUGCCGAAGCUGAACACCACGUUCGGGUAUCUUAUCGCGGCCCAUGCGGGCACGUUUGCGAUCGGGACCAUAUUUUUAGGCCUUGCACGAUGUGGUGUCGGUUGCAUCAGUUCUGGCGGCAUAGGCGUGAUGGAAAUGUUUGCCAACGGACUGCUCGGAACUUCGGUCUUCAUAUUCUUCCUUAUGAACGUCUUCAAUAUGAUGUACGUGAGCUAUUACAUACCGAAUGGGCUGGAGUACGAUAACAAGAACAAGCGUGAGAUGUACGCGUUUCUAGCGGUGCUCUAUACCAUCACCUUGAUACCACUGUUCCUGUUGCCUAAGGGUGCCCUGAUAUGCAUGGUGUUUAUAUACUUUGGCGCCAUCGUUGUAUCGCACGUCCUAGCCUAUUACUUCGCAGGAAGGCUUUCCUCGGGCAGCUAUCGAAGCAUAGUUGAUACGAACGGGGGGCAAACAAAGAUCGAUCAGGAACGAUUGAAAUACAUCAACCAACAGAAGAAACUCUGCCUCAUGGAGACCGUUUUCUCGCUGCUGUGCUGGAUUUUUUUCGCAGCACUUACACUACAAUUCGGUACGUCGGCAGUGGCCAAAGUAUUCAUCGUGUACAGUGUCGCCCUGCAGGGCAUGUUCAUCGGACUGGUGUAUACGACCGGCCGGCAACGUUGGACAAUCAUACGCGAGUGCUGGAGCAACUCGGGAUCGUUGAACUUGCGUGAUGCGGAGAAUGGCACAGAAAUGAAAACGCUACAGCGAAAGAUGCUGCAUACCGUGAAGAACGGAGAUGCAUACGAGUAG